AUGGCCGCAACUACACGUGCACGAACUGGAAACUCCAAACCCCGCCUCCUCACCACCAUCCAAAACACCCUCACCCCCACCAAAAACACCACAAAAGCAAAUACAUCCAAACCGCGCUCCUCCAAUAAAGUCGUCUCUGGCCGCGUAGGAAAAGCCUCUCCUUCUACCACCACCACUAAGAAAACAACCACUGCAAAGAAGACCCCCGCUGCCAAAGCAGCAAACGUCAAAAUGGUAAAGAAACCACGCACCAAGACGGAGAAGGUUGUGGAUGCUGUUACCGGUACGGCGGAGAAGGUGGUGGGGGAUUUGGAGGGGAAGAGUGGGAAGAAGGCUGCGGGAACGAGGAAGGUUAGGGGGACUGAUAGGAUGGCUGCGAGAAGGGUUUAG